CUCUCACUACUCUCUUUCCUGACGUCCUCGGUGGAGGACAGUGUGUGUACAGCAGUGUGAGUGUGUGACUGUGUGUGUGAGUGAGUGUGUGUCUGUGUGUGUAUCAGUGAAGAUCACCAUGCUAACACACUCAGCCCGGGUUUCUCUUUCUCUCCUCGCUUUAUUCCUGCUGCUGGACCUCACUGGAGUUGGAGGAUCUUUAAUCGGAGUGAGAGAUGAUAAUGAGGAGGAGGAGAAGAGGAAGAACGAGACGGUUACAGUACCUCUACAGGUGAUGGUAAUCCCCUCACAUGUCCAGAUCCAGGCAGGACAGAGGAAACGUGUUCUGUGCAGAGCGAUGGGGAACGCAGAGAGCGUCGUGUGGCUCAGCCCUGAUGGACGGAGCAUCUCGGAAAACGACAAGAACAUCAAAGCAUACGGACACGAUGAGAGGACCAGCUCUCUCGUCAUUGUCUCGGCUCGGGUGGAAGACGCCGGCUUGUACACGUGUGUGGCUGAGAACACACACACACACUCCUCAGCACGGGCCCAGGUCAAUCUGGAGGUCAUGUUGAAGCGAGCUCGCAGAAAAGCGAAGAGCGAACGACCCAAAAGACAGAAGGAACCCAAACCCACGAAAAAACCCAAGGGUGCGAAAACCACCAAGAAGCCCAAGACUGAGAAGAAAGACAAAAAGAAGAAAGGGAAGAAGAAUAAAGACGUCACCACCACUUUACCUCCGACUACCACCACCACCGAGCCGCCCACCACCGAGGCACCCACCACCGAGCCGCCCACCACCGAGCCGCCCACCACCGAGCCGAUCCUCACCACCGUACCUCUGCUCAAUUACUAUGACGAGUUUGUGGAUCCUUUUCCAGAUGAUUACUGGGACGAAUCGUACAUGACAGAGGAACCCAAAAAAUCCACAGCACCCCCAAAUCCCCCGACACAGAAACCUACAGACGAUCUCGAAUUCUUCCCCACAGAUGAUUAUGUUCAGCCGCACAUCGACUCCGAUGAUGAUUACUGGAAGGUUGAUGAUCCUGAACCCACAGCUCCGGUGAUCAGUGGCAAAGGCAAAGAAGAUGAUGAUUAUUGGGACUUGACCUUCGAGGAGCCAGAAAACCUGCCGUUCCCAGACGGUAAAGAGAUCCAUCCGACCGACAGCGACUGGAAGUACACUAUCACAGACGAGCCUGCCGUCCCGCCGUACGAAAACAAGUGGUACGAGGAGUACGACUACGGACACGAGACGAAAAAGGAUGGCGAGCAGGAGAGACUGGAGAGAGAGAGAGAGAGGGAGAGAGAGAGGGAGAGAGAAUACAGAGAGAAGGAGGAGAGAGAGCAACGGAAGGAGGAAGAGGAGGAAGAGGAGAGAAAACGCAGGAUCAAAAAACCUCCACGCAUCUAUACCGAGCCCAAACUUUGUCCUCCUCUGGGACUGGAGUCUCACCGCAUUGAGGCUGACCAGCUGCAAACGUCCUCCAUGUAUCAGCAUCGCUACAGCUCCCAUAGAGCUCGCCUUAACAUGCAGGCGUCUGCAGACGAGUACGAUAUGAACGGAGGAGCGUGGUGCGCUAAUCCCGACGAGAAAGACCACUGGAUCGAACUGGACACUCGCACGCUCACCGAGUUCACCGGGGUCAUCACCCAGGGCCGAGACGAUCCCCUCGAGAAUGAUUAUGUCACUUCCUACUACGUGGCCUUCAGUAACGACAGUAGGGAAUGGACCGUGCUUCAGGAUGGAUACUCUGAAUGGCUGUUCUUUGGGAACUCUGAUAAACACACCCCUGUGAUGUCCCAGUUUAUUGAGCCGGUGGUGGCACGUUACAUUCGCAUCCUUCCCCAGAGCUGGAACGGCACCGCCUGCAUGAGGAUGGAGGUCCUGGGCUGCCCUGUGCCUGAUCCUCUCACUGACAACCAGAGGCAGAACGAGGUGACUCCAAGAGAUGUCCUGGACUACACCUACCACAAUUACCUGGAUAUGGAAAAGUUGAUGAAGUCCGUUUCAGACGACUGUCCCAACAUCACCAGGAUGUACACCCUGGGCAAGAGUUCAAAGGGCCUUGAGAUCUACGCCAUGGAGAUCACUGAUAAUCCUGGCAAACAUGAGACCGGUGAGCCGGAGUUCCGCUACACAGCUGGUUACCAUGGUAAUGAAGCUCUGGGUCGAGAACUCCUGUUAAUGCUAAUGCAGUACCUCUGUAAAGAGUACAAGGACGGAAACCCCCGAGUGCGCACCCUGGUAGAUGGAAUACGCAUACACCUCGUACCCUCGGUCAACCCCGACGGUCACGUGACGGCCUUUGACAAGGGGUCUGAGCUCGGCAGCUGGACGCUGGGCCACUGGACUGAGGAUGGACAUGACAUCUUCCAGAACUUUCCAGACCUUAACACUGUGUACUGGAAUGCAGAGGACAAGGGCAUGAUACCCAAAUUGACCCCAAAUAACCAUGUGCCUAUUCCUGAUGGCUAUAUGGCUGAAAAUGGACCUCUUGCGGUGGAGACGCGGGCCCUUAUCUCCUGGAUGGAAAGCCACCCAUUCGUCCUAGGAGCCAACCUGCAAGGCGGAGAAAGGAUGGUCACCUACCCCUUCGACUUGCGUCGCCUCACUAAAGAGUCGGAGGAGCUGGAGAAGAAGGUGGAACAUAGAUCAUACCGUCGCAAGCGGCAAUACGAGGAAGAGGAAGAACAAGAACCGAAUCCAUACCUCCACAUCGGGUACCAUCAAGAGAGCUACGGUGACCACAGAGAAAAUCAUGGUUAUCAUCCAGAGAACUACAGAUACCACCAAGAAAACUAUGGAUACCAUCAAGGGAACCAAGAAUACCACCAUCAAGAGAACCAAGAAUACCACCAUCAAGAGAACCAAGAAUACCACCAUCAAGGAAACCAAGAAUACUACCAUCAGGAGAACCAAGGGUACCACCACGAAAGUCACUCUGAAGGGUACCACGAAGGGUACCAUGAGGGAUACCAGGAAGGAUACCAAGAAGAGCGCCAGGAAGAAGGCUAUGAACAAGGAUAUGGACAGGCAGAACCCGAUGAGAUCAGGAUGGUUGAGGAUCAGUCCUUGUUCCGCUGGUUGGCCGUAUCUUAUGCUUCUACUCACCGCACAAUGACCCAUACCUUCCGCAGUGGUUGUCAUACCGAGGACCCCACAGGUGGGACUGGAAUUGUCAAUCGUGCCAAAUGGAAGCCCAUUUCAGGAAGUAUGAAUGAUUUCAGCUACCUACACACUAACUGUUUUGAGCUGUCUAUCUUCCUGGGCUGUGAUAAGUAUCCUCAUCAGAGUGAGCUUAUGAAAGAGUGGGAGUACAACCGAGAAGCUUUGCUCACACUCAUGGAUCAGGUGCACCGGGGUAUAAAGGGGGUUGUCCGAGACAAGGAGGGGAAUCCCAUUGUAAAUGCUACCAUCUCUGUGGAAGGAGUCAAUCAUGAUGUCAACACAGGAGAGGCUGGCGAUUACUGGCGCAUGCUGAACCCUGGUGAGUAUCAGGUGAUGGCUCGGGCCUACGGCUACUCCUCCGUGAGCCGAAAGUGUGUGGUUGGUUUCGAAACAGGUGCCACCCUGUGCAACUUUGAGCUUAACAAAUCCAACUGGGAUCGUAUCAAAGAGAUCAUGGCUCUCCACGGCAACCGGCCCAUCCGACUGGUCAACCCUGGAAGAGGCAGUCAAAAUACCAUCCGCGGUGACAAAAGGCUCAGCAACCAGAUCCCUAACAUCGACGGGGGAUACACUGACCGAUCCCGCCUGCGACGCUUAAGGUUCAUGAGGCUCCGUCAGUUACGCCAACAGAGGCUGCUGGCCAGGAUGUCGACUACACCAAGCACGACAACGUUACCACCAACAACCACCGAGCCACCCACCACCUCCAUCCCCACCACCACCACCACCACCACCACCACCAUGGUUUCUCUGAACACAGAAAACUAUACACAGUGGUACGACUCAUGGCUGCCAGAGGAGGAAAACACCAACCAACCAGAGCUCGAGAUCACGGACUCGUUGGAUUACGACUAUAAUUAUAAAAUCGAUGAUUACUGAGACAUUCUGAGGGUCACGGAUAGGUUUUAGAGAAUACAGUGAGCUACUUUCUCGCUCUGCAGAUUCCACCAGCACAUGGAAAAACUAUGCAGUCUUCUGCAUUCAAACUAUGCAGUCUUUGAUGUCACAUGAUCAAGCUUACAACUGACCAAUUGUAACUAAACCCCAACCCCUUUUCUUCAUUUAAAAUAAUGCAUUUUCACAGGUUUGUGUUUUUUAACUGACAAACUCCAGAACUGUUUGUGGUCCAUGUACACGACGGCGCACUUCUCUGUGGUCUACAGCCAGGUUUUUUCGCAGUCAGUAACAGGUUACAGAUGGAGUGGUCAUCUUUCAUUAGCGACUCCUCUGCAUCCUGCCACGUUUUUUUUUUUUCCCCUCUCUCUUACAAUUACACUGGGUUCCAACUCCAAACUUCUCCACUGUCCUCCGAUGACCCACACGGUUCCCACAAAACUGAACAUUUAUACAAAAAAAGUGACUUUAUUUACACUUCUGUCACACAAAUAAGCAUCUCUGUCAGCACUGCACAAUGUCUACAGGACGUUUCUCUUACAGAGACCUCGAGGUCGAAAGAACUUUGUUUCACCCAAUAAAAGCUUGUUUAUGGA